ACUAUGCAAAAAUAAGUUGUUUUUAUACCGCGUAAAAUCCAUGACGUGUCAAUGUAAAUUGAUUAGAUAUAAGUUAUUUUUCUAAACUGUGCAUCCAAGCCACAGCAAAAGGUCACUCUAAUGCGCUAGUGGAAUAACUUCAGACGGGCCAUUGAAGAUUGACAGCCAUGAUUCAAUACGUCGUUACUGCUGGGGUCAUUCUAAUAAGUACCCUAGUUUUCUUAACAAUGUUAUGGAAAUAUUACAUUUCCCGAAAUUCCUUCCUAAAAAGUCCUCCAACUUAUCCGUGGAUUGGCACAGUACCGUACUUCGAACAUAAGCCUCAUUUGUUAUAUCGACAAGUUAUGCAGUAUGCCAAGGAUUAUAACUACCUGUAUACGGUUUGGUUUGCACAUGUCCCUAUCAUUAUGGCGUCAACAGCUGAGUAUGCAGAGGCUGUGCUGAGCAGCAAAGUCAUGCUAAAGAAGUCUUCUUUGUAUUGGACUUUAUCAGAGUGGCUUGGGAGUGGGUUACUGCUAAGCUAUGGAGACAAAUGGAAACAGAGAAGAAGAGCAAUAACACCGACAUUUCAUUUCACUAUAUUAAAUGAUUUUGUAGAAAUUUUUACACGACAAGCAAAAGGGUUAGUUGCUAAGCUGAAGAAAGAGUGCGACACUGACAAAGCUAUCAAUGUUCAACUACCAGUAAGUCUUGCUGCUUUAGAUGUCAUCUGCGAGACGGCAAUGGGUGUCAACACACAGGCUCAAGAAUGUUCCACGUCUGAAUAUGCGAAAGCUGUAUUUUCAAUGAACGGGCACUUGCAACGUCGCCAGCGCUCGCCGUGGUUAUGGCCAACCUUUAUUUACAAAUUGACAAAGACUGGUCAAGAUUAUUAUAAACAUUUAAAAAUACUACAUGAUUUCACCAUAAAUGUCAUAAACAAACGCAUUCAAUCCCGAAAAGCGUCAUCCCAGCCAGGAGAAGAAGACACUGACAAACCAAGAAAGAAAGCUUUUCUCGACAUGUUGCUCGAGCUUUACGACAAAGGUGAGAUUGAUGUAGAAGGAAUACGAGAAGAAGUGGACACGUUCAUGUUUGAAGGUCACGAUACUACCGCAGCUGGUCUAAGCUGGACUCUAUAUCUUCUCGGUAGGAAUCCAGAAAUACAGCAGAAAUUACAUGCCGAAAUUGAAAAAAUAAAUGAAAAGGAUGGAUUCACCUUAGACAAGUUGAAGGAAUGCAAAUACUUGGAAUAUGUGAUUAAAGAAAGCCUUCGUCUCCAUCCUCCUGUUUCGUUGUAUGCACGGAUUCUUGAGGAAGACACAAAGAUCGAUGGACACAUGGUUCCAAAAGGUACAGAGGUGGGGUUGUUUGUUCAAGGAUUGCACCUGAAUCCUAAAUAUUGGAAAGAGCCUGAAAAGUUCAAUCCAGAUCGAUUUGGCGAAGACAGUUACAUGAAAAGAAAUCCUUAUACUUAUGUUCCGUUUUCGGCAGGAUCUCGAAAUUGCAUUGGUCAAAAGUUUGCUAUGUUGGAAACAAAGAUAUUUUUGUAUAACAUUAUAUCGCAAUUUCGUGUGGAGGCUGUUCAAGAAAAAGAUGAAGUUGAGGAAUGUUUUGAGAUCAUUCACCGAUCAACCAAUGGCCUAAUGAUCAAAUUCUUUUCAAGAUAGAUCAGGGAGAUUUAAAACUACCUUGGAAUGAUAUACCAAAACUUUAAAGCUUCUUAUAUAAAAACAUUAUCAAAUCAUUCAUUAUGUUUACUUGAUUGGAAAAUGUUUAUGCAAAUUGUAUUCUUUACAAAAUAUUUAUUGUUUUGCUUUAUUAUUGGGUCUAAAAAGUCUUUGCUUCAACGUUUAAUAAAAAGAACAAUUUGGCAAGUUUUUAGUGUCUUGUGAGCACCAUUUUAGCACUGCAUUAUGCAACACUAGAGCAAUGAAGCAAUGGAGUGAUAGUGUCAAGUGAAUAUUUGUCUUAGUUUUUUUAGAUUGUAUUAAGCGUUUAAGCCCACCAGACUGCAACGAUUCUUAUUACGAGCGAUAUAAACCUAGUCUAAAUCAGAUGUAUCUUAUGGGGAGGAAAUUUUUAGCACUUAUAUUUUUGAAAGAAAUUUGUAAUUAAUUUUAUACUAUACAAAUAAAAUAAAUAUUUCUUCUGUUUCA